GCCUGGUUACGGGAGAUCGCGGCCGGACCGCUUCGCGGGUCGCUCUUCCGGCCUUCGCCACGCCCACUCGGCUGCGCGGCUCUGCUGGAGCCUUUGGGACCCGACCGGCGGGGUAGAAAGGGCCGGAUUGAUUAGCUAGGAAUCCAAAGGCGAACCAGACUCCGGGCGGAAUGCUGGCUAUUGAUUUCCCAGAAGAAGACAUUGUCCUCAUCACUGCUUCUCCUGUUAUCAAAGCAGUUACAAACUUCAAGCAGGUUUCAAAAGUACUGGAAGAAUUUGAUGUUGAAGAACAGCCAAGUACCAUGCUGGAAAAUCGCUUUCCCAACAUUAAGGUCAUAGAAUCUGGAGUAAAACAGCUGAAGAGUGAAGAACAUUGCAUCUCCACAGAAGAUGGCCGUGAGUACGUAUAUAAGAAACUCUGUCUGUGUGCUGGAGCUAAGCCAAAGUUAAUCUGCGAGGGAAAUCCAUACGUACUAGGAAUCCGUGAUACAGACAGUGCUCAGGAAUUUCAGAAAGAGCUUACAAAAGCCAGGAGGAUAAUGAUUGUCGGGAAUGGUGGCAUUGCUCUAGAGCUGGCGUAUGAAGUCGAAGGCUGUGAAGUAAUUUGGGCCAUAAAGGAUAAAGCCAUUGGGAAUACAUUCUUUGAUGCGGGUGCAGCAGAGUUUCUGACUUCCAAGCUCAUGUCUGAAAAAUCUGAGGCUAAAAUUGCACAUAAAAGAACUAUAUAUACAGUUGAAGAAACAAAAAAGGAAAGCAGAAGCAAGUGUAAAGCUGAUUAUGUGGGCAGUGCCCUCGGACCAGACUGGCACGGGGGCUUGGCUUUGAAAGGAACCGAAGAGUUUUCCCACAGUAUUCACAUUGAAACCAGAUGUGAAGUAAAGAAAAUCUACCUUCAAGAGGAAUUUAAGAUAAUGAAGAAAAAGUCCUUGGCUUUUCCAAAGGCUCACCAUAAAUCAGUUACAGCUGAUAAAGAGAUGUGGCCUGUAUAUGUGGAACUGACCAAUGGGAAGAUCUACGGCUGUGAUUUCCUCAUCAGCGCUACAGGAGUCACCCCAAAUGUACACCCCUUUCUUCAUAGAAACAAUUUUGAUCUAGGAGAAGAUGGUGGCCUGAGAGUGGAUGAGCAGAUGCGCACAUCACUUCCUGAUGUCUAUGCUGCUGGAGACAUCUGCACUGCGUGCUGGCAGCCAAGUCCAGUGUGGCAGCAGAUGAGACUGUGGACACAGGCUCGGCAGAUGGGGUGCUAUGCAGCCAAGUGUAUGGCAGCAGCCAGUACGGGACAUCCUAUUGACAUGGAUUUCAGCUUUGAACUGUUUGCUCAUGUCACAAAGUUCUUUAACUAUAAGGUUGUGUUGCUGGGGAAAUACAACGCCCAAGGCCUGGGCUCAGAUCAUGAGUUAAUGCUGAGGUGCACCAGAGGACAAGAGUAUGUCAAAGUCGUCAUGCAGAACGGACGAAUGAUGGGAGCUGUCUUAAUUGGUGAAACUGACUUAGAGGAAACAUUUGAAAAUUUAAUUUUAAACCAAAUGGAUCUUUCAUCAUAUGGGGAGGAUCUCCUAGAUCCAAAUAUUGAUAUUGAGGAUUAUUUUGACUGAAAUUGGAAUCUCUUCAGGAAUACAAAGUACAAAAUAAGGAGAAAAGAAAGUGCAUGGGAAAAUGUAACAACCACAGAGUGAAUGGGCACUCAAGGAGAGAAUGCAGAAGCCAGAGUCAAGGUUGGAAAGAAAUGAACAUUCUUGGGAUGGAUUCAUUUAAUGACUACUUUGCAGAUGAACAUUCCUAAUACAGAAUUGACAAUAAACCUUGAUUCAUA